AUGUCCACAGCACAACAACAAUCGGUGGAGGCCACGGCUCCCGAUCCUGCUGCUUCCUUGGAUGUACAUCUUGAAAAGCAUACGGAACACUUACAUGGCUUGAAGUUGGUUGCAGUUAUCGCCUCUCUAAGCUUUGUGGCAUUUUUAUUGCUACUAGAUGUCUCCGUCGUGAGCACCGCCACUCCCAGAAUCACAUCGGACUUCCAUGCGCUGGAUGAUGUUGGAUGGUACGGUGCUGCCUACCUUCUAGGAACGUGUACACUCCAACCUCUCACAGGAAAGAUCUAUGGGCAAUUCGACAUGAAAUGGACCUUUCUCAUCUUCGUCGCGAUUUUCGAGUUGGGGUCUGUGAUCUGUGGUGCUGCCACAUCAUCGGACAUGCUCAUCAUUGGCAGAGCCAUUGCGGGAUUGGGCGGCUCAGGUAUACUUAACGGAGGAUAUAGCCUGAUACACGCAAGUGCACCAUUACCAAAACAACCAUUUUAUCUUGGUAUCAUCAUGGGUGUGGCCCAACUUGGAAUCCUUUCUGGACCACUAGUUGGCGGUGCCUUUACGGAGUAUGUCUCCUGGCGAUGGUGCUUCUAUAUCAACCUUCCAUGCGGUGCUGUGGCAGCCGUGGUAUUUUUUGUUACUUCGAUUCCAAACAUACAUCCUAAAGGAAACUCUACAUUCCUCGAAAAACUACGAAAGCUGGACCUUACCGGCUUCGUUCUAUUCGCUCCAUCAGCAAUCAUGUUCAUCCUCGCCCUUGAAUGGGGUGGGAAUCAAUAUGCGUGGAGCAGCGCCACCAUCAUUGGCCUCUUCUGCGGCGCCUUUGGCAUGAUAGUCAUCUUCGUGGCAUGGGAACACCGGAUGGGAAAAGAAGCCAUGAUCCCACUCUCAAUCCUCAAAAGACGUGUUAUCUGGAGCACAACUAUCCAUUUCGGCUUCUUCGUGGGGUCAAUGUUGACCGCAACAUACUACCUUCCAUUGUACUUUCAGACCGUCAAGGGUGCCUCGCCCCUUAUGAGCGGAGUGGAUCUCUUACCGUCGAUUAUCAGCCAAGUCAUCUUUACUAUUAUAGCCGGUGCCCUCAUGCCACGAAUCGGAUACUAUCUUCCAGUCGCAGUACUGGCGACCAUGCUUGCUACUAUCGGGAUGGGGCUUACCACAACGUUUACUCCAACGACGGGGAUUGGAGCCUGGAUUGGAUACCAGAUCAUCAUGGGCGCUGGCCGAGGUUUGGGUUUCCAGAUCCCCAUCAUCGCGGUUCAGAACAACUCUCCAAAAGAAGAAGUGUCUAUCGUCAAUGCGCUUGUCGUUUUCGCCCAGAAUCUCGGCCCGGCGAUUUUCUUGUCUCUGGACGAAAUCAUCUUCACCAAUGGGUUGGAACAUUACCUACCGAUAUAUGCUCCGGGGAUCAGCCCUGAAUUUGUUGUCACUGCAGGUGCCACAGGUAUUCGCGAAGCCGUAUCGGCAGCAGCGUUGCCGGGGGUGCUGGAAGCAUAUACCAAGUCAAUUGAUCAUGUCUUGUAUCUUGGAACUGGAGCAGCGGGUGCUGCAUUUAUCUUUGCUUUUGGAAUGGGGUGGGUGGAUAUCAGGAAGAAUAGAGCAGAGCGGGAAAGGGUGGUGGGGCUGAAUGAUGAGAAGGAACAGACUUCUCUUUCUGACCCGGAGAUGGCCUGAGAGAUUGACGGUUUCAUGCCGGACGCCAUCAAUUGUCGUGUAUCAAAUCGCCCAGUCCACAGUUUCAAGGACUAGUGAUUGCGGCACCAAGUGCUGCACCACCCUGACGAGGCCGUCUCAACCAUUGUUAUUGUUGGACGAACUGCCGAUGUCUCACAUACACUCCGAGACGGCGACGGCAACGACAACGUCAAUAAUAAGGACUGCCAAAGCCAUGCACCCGACGCUUAAAAGUAUGAAGACUUGUACUCUACUCAAUGAAUAUAUUUACGCACUCUG